GGCUCCUAAUGAUGCAGCUGGUAAUAGGAUUGUGGCUUCCCUCCGGGGCAGCCAUGCAGGCCAUGGCUAUGGGGCUGGCGACAGGUGCUUAGCAACACUGACCACCUGCCCUCUGAGGAGCCAGAGCCCCCAGUCAGGACCCUGUGCCUGGGCUGGCCUCCCGUGCAUGGAAUGGUGCUGUGCCCCGGGCCAGCAGGCUGGGCUCACCAUGGUGCUGGGUGCCAUCCUGGCCCGAGGGCGGGACGUUUGCAGGCGGAAUGGACUGCUCAUCCUGUCUGUGCUGUCCGUCACCGUGGGCUGCCUCCUCGGCUUCUUCCUAAGGACCCGGCGCCUCUCACCACAGGAAAUUAGUUACUUCCAGUUUCCUGGAGAGCUCCUGAUGAGGAUGCUGAAGAUGCUGAUCCUACCACUCGUGGUCUCCAGCUUGAUGUCCGGCCUCGCCUCCCUGGAUGCCAAGACCUCCAGCCGCCUGGGCAUCCUGACUGUGGCAUAUUACCUGUGGACCACCUUCGUGGCAGUUAUCGUGGGCAUCAUCAUGGUCUCCAUCAUCCACCCAGGCGGUGCGGCCCAGAAAGAGACUACGGAGCAGAGCGGGAAGCCCAUUAUGAGCUCAGCCGACCCCCUGCUGGACCUCAUCCGGAACAUGUUCCCAGCCAACCUGGUGGAAGCCACAUUCAAACAGUACCGCACCAAGACCACCCCCAUCAUCAAGUCCCCCAAACUGGCAUCAGAGGAAGCCCCUCCCCGGCGGAUCCUCAUCUACGGGGUCCAGGAGGAGAAUGGCUCUCGUGUGCAGAACUUCGCCCUGGACCUGACCCCACCACCCGAGGUCGUUUAUAAGUCAGAGCCUGGCACCAGCGACGGCAUGAAUGUGUUGGGCAUCGUCAUCUUCUCUGCCACCAUGGGCAUCAUGCUGGGCCGCAUGGGUGAUAGCGGGGCUCCCCUGGUUAGCUUCUGCCAGUGCCUCAAUGAGUCUGUCAUGAAGAUCGUGGCGGUGGCUGUGUGGUACUUCCCCUUUGGCAUCGUGUUCCUCAUCGCUGGCAAGAUCCUGGAGAUGGACAAUCCCACGACGGUUGGAAAGAAGCUGGGCUUCUACGCGGUCACGGUGGUGUGCGGACUGGUGGUCCAUGGCCUCUUUAUCCUGCCCCUGCUCUACUUCUUCAUCACCAAAAAGAACCCCAUCGUCUUCAUCCGAGGCAUCCUCCAGGCGCUGCUCAUUGCGCUGGCCACCUCCUCCAGCUCAGCCACUCUGCCCAUCACCUUCAAGUGCCUGCUGGAGAACAACCACAUUGACCGGCGCAUUGCCCGCUUUGUGCUGCCCGUGGGCGCGACCAUCAACAUGGAUGGCACUGCGCUCUACGAGGCUGUGGCUGCCAUCUUCAUUGCCCAGGUCAACAACUAUGAACUGGAUUUCGGCCAGAUCAUCACCAUCAGCAUCACUGCCACCGCGGCCAGCAUCGGGGCAGCUGGCAUCCCCCAGGCCGGGCUCGUCACCAUGGUCAUCGUGCUUACCUCGGUGGGACUUCCCACAGACGACAUCACCCUCAUCAUCGCUGUCGACUGGGCUCUGGACCGUUUCCGUACCAUGAUUAACGUGCUGGGUGAUGCACUGGCUGCCGGGAUCAUGGCCCAUAUCUGCCGGAAGGACUUUGCUCAGGACUUGGGCACCGAGAAACUGCCGCCCUGCGAGACCAAGCCUGUGAGCCUCCAGGAGAUUGUGGCGACCCAGCAGAAUGGCUGUGUGAAGAGUGUGGCCGAGGCUUCAGAGCUGACCCUGGGCCCCACCUGUCCCCACCAUGUCCCUGUCCAGGUGGAACAGGAUGAGGAGCCAACCACCUCCAGUCUGGACCACUGUACCAUUGAGAUCAGUGAGCUUGAGACCAAUGUCUGAGCCUGCAGAGAUCCAGGGUUAGGGGCCAGGGACCGGAUCUCAACUCGCUACUUUCAGGAGCAUGGAGCCCAGGCGCACACAAUUGAGAGACGGGCUCCACUCAACAGAACAUGGAGUCUCAGCGAGGGCCAAGAGUGCAUGUGGGAAACCCAGCCAGACAGUGACGGAACAUCACCCAAGCCUGGCUGUGACAUUUCAGCAGACAGACAUUAUGGUCCUUACUUUCCAGAUACAGAGUUGAGGCUCUGAGGGCUGAAAACACCUGCCCCAGGUCUCAGAACAAGUACUGUCAGGGCCAGGACAAGGCUAGUUCAAGUUCAAGCUCUAGUUCAAGGCUUUCACUUGGAGGACAGGGAUGCCUACAGGGCCAGAUGCCCAGAUAGAGAGGCUCUGCCCCUCUCCAGGAGCCCCGCUGUUUUCAGUUUACGAAGAUGUAACAAUGUCCUGGUUCUGCCCCAACUGUGUCCCAGCCCAGGCCAGCCCCCACCCUGCCCCAUAACACGUGGCCUCAGACAAACAGCUCUCCCCAGGGAUGGGCCCAGUCCAAGGCCAAGACCUGCUGCCUUCCACGUGUCCUGUUACCUCUCACAGAUCGCCCCCAACAUGGAGACAGGGAUGUCAUCAGUCUGGGCUAGCCUGUCCCUGGACAGGUGGGCCAGCUGGGACUGGGGAGGCAGACUCACUGGGAUGCUACAGUCAAGCUGCCCACGUGGCCCUGAGGUCAGCACUCCCCAAAAGCCUGCGUGAUAGAGUGGACU